AUGUCGCCGCCGAUCACCAUUCGGGAAACUGCCUCCUGCGGUACCUGCGUCGGCUCCUCCGGCUGCUGCAAAGCCUCCCUCCCGGCUCGGCACCGGAUCGCCACGCGGAUCCGGGAGCUCAAGGUCCGGGCACGGGACGUGGGUGACAGGCGGUUGAGGUACGGUGUCACCGUGCCAGCCGAUGAUUUGGUCUUGCGUGAUGACAAUGUCUAUGACGACGGCAACGACAAACAGUCUCCACAGACGGCUGCAGACCAGGAGGAAGAUCUUCGGAGACGCGCUCUUCUACGUGAUGCUGCUGCUGAACCUCCACUACUCAAUGCUGAGGAGGUGGUAAGAAGAGGCAUCGAUUCUCUGACGAAGUGGUUGUCCAUGGAACCAGCAACGACAGUAGAUGGUGCGCCGCCGCCACAAGUGAGGAUUUUCAGUAUUUUAGGGACAGAAUUGGCGUCUGCAGUUGCAACGAGAGUGUACAAGCAGCAUUCGUCUGUGGCCUCCUCCAUAUUCAGUUGCAAGGCCUCGUCCCAGUCCCAGUGCUACAAAGGUGAUGUAGGAAGGGUACUUGCCGAGAUACUGGAACAAGUAGGAGGUGUUCAACUUCAACCUGGCCAAAAAGAAUACAAGGUAACAAACCAAGUAGCAGGGAUGAUAGUCCACGAGGACAGGGAGAAGCGACUCAUCAGUGAAAUUCAGGAGCGUCUUAAAGGCAAGCGCUUCUUGAUCAAAUUAGAUUCUACUUGGGUUUCCAUCAACGAAUGGAAGUGCGUAAUAGAAGCUCUGUUACAAGCUGCUGAUGGGUGCCUCCCUGGUAGCGCCAUAAUAAUGACAACAGAGAACUAUGACCUGGCCCAGUCGUCUUCUCCCUACAAAAUCAUCAUCGCUAUGGGUACAAAAUAUGAAUAUGAAUAUGAGUUCUACAUGGACCAAGCACAACAGCUGGGUCUCUUUGGUGGAGAAUACUGUCGUCACUUCUUUAGAGUAUUAUUCGAGUACGACACCUUUGCAAUGAAGACAUUCCUGCAUCUGCUCUAUGUAAAUCCAAAUAAGACACUAGACGACCUGGAGAAGUAUAUAAAGUCUAUUUCCGAGUGCGUAAGCCGGAACAGAAGCAUUUCCAGGCAAGUGCUACUGUGGUGCUACUACGAGUUGCCGAGCAAGUACAGGAGCUGCUUGCUGUACCUCACUGUUUUCCCAGAAGGCCACGUCAUCAGGAGUACGAGCUUGGCUAGAAGAUGGGUUGCCGAGGGCUUGAUCACUGCUACUACCACAAGUACUCCAACUGAUGAUGAAGUACGGAGUAGUUCAAUGGAUGAAGCCGAGCAUUACCUGGAUGUGCUUUUUACUGCAGGGUUUGUGUCUCCUGUUGAAAUCGGUGCUGCAAACAACAUCAAGAGCUGUACAGUACAUCGUCAAGUCCGAGAGUUCAUCGCCAGGGUAGCUACGGAUGUGAACUAUGUGGACUCCAGCCUACCGCCACAUCUGGCUCGCUACCUAUCCAUUCACAACAGAAUAGGGUUCAAAAAAUUUCUUUCAGAUGGUGACAACAAAGAUAUUGCAGCUUAUCUUCCAUCUUUGUCUGUGUCUCCUCAAUGGCAGCUGUUGAGAGUGCUGGACUUAGAGGGUUGCAAAGGCUUGAAUAAGAAGAUUCUGAAAAGCAUCUGCAAGAUACUAUUGCUCAAGUAUUUGAGCCUCAGGAAUACUGAUGUCACACGACUACCGAAGCAAAUCAAGGAUCUCCAGUGCUUGGAGACACUUGAUAUCAGGCAGACAAAGGUACGGAUUUUCGCCAAAAAGGCUAUUGUGCUUCCACUUCUGAAACAUUUUCUUGCCGGUGACAAGAUCUCUGUAAGCAACGAAGCUACGGAAUUUUCAGCAGUGGAUAUGCCUCUCAGCAUUUGCAGAAUGAAGAACUUGGAGAUAUUGUCCCAUGUCGAAGUCACCGACAGCGCUGUUGAGCUAUCUGGGAUCGCUGAGCUGUUGAGACUAAGGAAACUUGGUAUAGCUCUUCGUGGUAAAAAUGCCAAGCUUAGCGAUCUGUUCCGCCAAAUUGAGCAGCUGCAUAGAAGCCUCCGUUCCUUGUCAGUCCGGCUUGACCAACCAGCUGCUAGUGAGAAUCAUGGUGAUUUGACCCCUCCAAAGUUUAUUGAAAGCCUAAACAUUAGUGGCCUCACUAGUGGCCUUCCUCACAUGAUUCAACAGCUCCAUCAUCUUGCCAACUUAACCCUGACCAAGGCUCAAUUGAAGGAAGAUGAUCUGAGUACCAUUGGUAGGCUCCAUGGCUUGCACUGCCUCAGGCUUCUGCACCAAUCAUACAUACAAAGUGAGCUCUCCUUCAAGAAAGGAGAAUUCCAGACACUCAAGUUUCUGCACGUCGGAACAACUGACGUCACCAACAUUACCUUUGUCACUUGUGGGUCAGCUCCAAAGCUCGAGAGGAUCAUUUGGUCUUUUCCCACAACUGCAUGCGUGUCUGGACUCGACCACCUUCCUGAGCUUAGGGAGUUUGUGCUCAAUGGUGACUGCAACCCAGAUCAAGUGAGAAAAGAAAUCGAGAGGCAUGGGAAUCUUCCUGUUUUCAAGCAUAAUCCAAAUGUUCAGAAGCAAGAAGACAUAGCUGCAGCAUCAACCUCAUCCUCAUCAGCACUAUGA